GUGGUGUUGACAUUGCGUUGCGCAAAUAAUGAACUGUGAUUGAGUCUUUUAUCGUACACAAACUAUCAUCUCAAAAGUCUCAAUCAUGAUUCCCCUCCAUACAAGCGUCGAUCGACCAAUUCCAUCCAUACAAAAUCCACUACCAAGGCUUCUACAAACCCCAUCUGGGCUCGCACUGCUAGAGCUUCAAGGAACGAUAAAUCUCCCAGAACCAGACAUUGAGGAUGAUGACUUACAAAAUAUUUCAAAUUCUUCAGAAAGAAGUUUCCAGACUCCGAUUGGUCGCCUGAUCUUCCCCGAAUAUGACCCAGCAAAUCCAGAUAAUACCAAGUGGAUGAAGCGUGUCUAUCUCUACGUGGGCAAGCACCAAAGACUCACGGGAGAGGUCAAGAAACUUCCAAGGGCCUACGCUGUUAUUAGGAAGAGGGAUUGUGAGAUAUCAUCACAGACAAAUGGUGAUGUCUCGAUGCAAGAGUCCGAGUCAGAGGCUGGGGAUGAAUUGGAAAUCGUCGAAAUCGUGAAAUGGAAGAUUUUAUUUUCGACAAGGCCAGAACCAGUAGGAGCUAUGGUCACUGAUACCACUUGAAGUUUGGAGUUAUCAAAUAUUCGCUCUAGAAAGAGGAAAUACAAUCGAAGCAACAUUGGUGUUUCGAAUACCAUGAUUAGAUACCCAAAAACUUCCGGACAAGCUACGCGCCACUCAGCUCUCUCACUGUGGGUCCCUCAUUACCCACAAUACUUGCUGAAGAUUGACUUGAUUCUGGUAUUUCAAUGUACAUUAGCAUUGCCAGAGAACCACCCCAAGACAAGCGCGUCAUUGACCGUGGUUUUGCAGUGAAACACCUUGCCGAAAAAAAUGUUGGGGAAGGAA